AUGGCUCCCACUCGGGGAUAUGCGGAACGUCAACCAGCAAGCCAUACGCCACUCCGCAGACAGCGACUGAAAAUCACCACCGCCUGUCAAGCCUGUCGGUUGGGAAAGGUGAAGUGUGACGGUGACCGCCCGGCUUGCUCUAGAUGUCUGCGAAAGAGAACAACAUGCACGUACAGCAGAAGCCCUGUUUAUGCCGGCCAAGUCCAGCACGAGGCAGCGGUCGACACUCAUACUCCGGUUCCGGUAUCGCCUCCAACUUCGCGAGCUCAUUCGCUUGAUCGACAAGCAAGUGUGAAACCCGUCGGACUUGAACACUUGAACGAGACUCAGGAGGUGGGGCCGGAUCAAGGCCAUGUGUAUACCGCUCACGGUCAGUUUGCUGGCGACGUUGCAGCUGCCAUCGACGCGAGAACGGGAAUGAUUCCGGCCACCACUUCGAACCUUGUCCCAUUCGUGGAUGCGCCCUUGUUUGGGGAGCUGGAUUUGGAACCCAACCCCUUUACUAAUGGCUGUGCAUUGCCUCCGCGACAGUAUGCCGACAACCUUGUCAAUAUAUAUUGGCAACACAUUGAUCCUGUGGAGCCCGUGUUGUGUCAAGAACGCUUCUUCCACAGCUAUGAGAAAGCGUACUCUGGCUCUGAUUCACCCCAGCAAGCAAACGAAGACGUCCGACUCAGUAUACUGUAUACUGUCUUCGCACUAGCAGUACAAAGACAAGAAUCUACUCCUCAGCAACAGCGCAACGAAGAGGGAAACGGCUACUUUCAGCAUGCGUGGGGACUUGUCCGCCCAGAAACCAUCCUUUGGAGCCCUGGAUCAAUCGAACUGGUACAGUGUUUGAUGCUUAUGAAUCGAUACCUCCACUGCACCAAUAACCAGCAGAAGACGUGGAUAACAGCGGGAUUGGCUAUGCGAAUAGCCCAGAACAUGUGUUCGGAUUCUGACAAGGAAUUGAAGGAGCGGGUGUGGGCUAGUUGUAUUGGCAUGGAUCGAUGCGUUUCUUGGUCACUCGGUAGGACAUCCGCGCCAUUGAUUCCUUUGCCGAAUAGAUUUGAUACAAAGAUGUUGGGUUUCCAACCGGGCAGUAAGCAUUCUGAGCAUCUACGACUGGCAUUCGAGCUGCACGAAAUUGGAAAUCAUAUUCAGUUGGCAGAGACACAGACUCGAAAUAGUCUCGCUGCCAGGUUAGGGCUGCCACGGCUGUAUCAACAAGACGAAUACCAUACGGUGGCGGUGCAGUUAGACACUUGCCUCAAUAGAUGGGAGCAGAGUCUUCCCAUCGACUUGCAGCUGCAAACUCUGCGAACCCUUACAGACAGAAAGUCUCGAGCAGAGGGAUAUUUGCUGCACCUUCGUCUCCUCCACACCCGAAUCUACCUCCACCGACCGAUGCUCGCACGCCACUACACGGUUAAAUCCCACCCAGCACCAGUCUGUACCACCCCACCCAGCCUAAGCGAUCGCCUCCUCCAAGACAGCGCUACUAUAUGCAUCGAAACCGCACGAAGCAUCACCUCACUUAUCCUUGAAACCCACGACCCAAACGAACCCAUAGGCCUUCUACCAUGGUGGUACCGAAUAUACUACCUUCACAUCGCAGGAACCAUCUUCCUCGCAGCCAUGUUCGGAUCAGACCUGUUCACGACAGCCGUAUCCCAAUCCUGGGAUCAAGUCAUGUUUGCUCUCCGAGCGCAUGAACAUUUGAGUACAUAUGUUCAACAAUGCGUCUGGACUUUUGAAUCGUUGUCAAGAAGGGUCUUGGAUGCUGAUGUUCCGUCCCAAAAGGGAAUUGCUGGCUCGUUCUUUGAUGAUAUCUUUCAGGAAGUGGGGUUUGAUUUUGAUAAUUAUUUAUUUGGGGGUCAGGAUACUUUUCAUACAUGGUGAGGAAUUGUACAUGGGACUGUCUUCUACCCAGUUACAGCAAUUGUAUAUAAUCCAGC